CUUGGCUUUGUUUCAUCACAUCCUCAAAGACACCUUCAUUUCUCAUCAUAAAAGCCAUCAAAAUAUCCGCAGCGUGACUACACAAUCGCGACUGGGUGACUUUGUUGAAUUGUGACCCAUCAGAUGGACGAGAACGGGCAGAAUUAAGACCACUUCAAAUCAUCACAAGGUCAGUGAUAGACCGGACAAAUUUUUUCUCUCUCGGAUUUCAAGAUGGCGGGCAACGAAGAUUGUGCUUCCGUGUUGGAGCAAUUCAUCCACGAUGCUGCCAAUUUACCGGCCGAAAUCAACCACAUGAUGGAAGAGAUACAAGCCAAAGACAAGGAUCUGCACAAGUUCCUCUCCGUAAUAAAUCAGAAGGACAUGAACAUUCAAAAGCAUCUCAAGGUAAAUGGAGUCCUCGCACCCCAUCCCAAGGAAAAUGAGUAUGCGGAGUUGGUCAAGAAGAAUUAUGAUGCGUCCGCUCAUCUGCAGGAUCAGAAAGUCCACUUGGCUGAAAGAGCUUGCAACAUCUUAGAGCGCCAGCUGAAAAGGUUGGACAUGAAGAUCAAAGAGUUGCAGAACGACGGUCAGCUUGUGGAUGGUCCGCCCUUGCCAAGCAUAUUCAAUCGUAAAGCUGAGGCUCAGAAGUCCUUCAUUGAUCUACCAUCCAAUCUACCUCUCCAAAAUGCUUCCAUCAGUGCUCUUAAUUCGACCGCGCACCGCGUGAAUGCGCACGUUUCCGCGGCCUUGCAGCAAGCACAACCGCGACAAUUGCCGCAACUAGCGACAGCCAGCGUACCUACUCAGCGAAGUUCAGCCCCAGCCACUCCUGCCUCCGCGGUCCAGCAACAACGACAGCGAGAGCGGGAACACUCCGCUGGUGCUGACACAAAGAGACGUAAAUUGGCAUCCGGCUCCAAUCUACCAGCUCAGCCAUCAGGCCUGAGACAGUCAUCUCUCGGUCCUGGCACACCCAAAGCCUCAACUCCCACAGCCACAGCGACCAGUCGAGCAGGCAGCCUUCCUCGGACUACCGGACCUCAGGCAGCCACGGGACCUCCGAAGAAAUCAGGCUUGUCAAAGAAGGUGAUUCCACACCAGCAAGUCAACAAGCUCAAGCAAAAAGGCAUAAUAAAAGGCAGAAUGUCUGCUGGACGCAAGAAAGGACAAUCUCCCUCUAUGCGAGGAGGCCGUGGAGGGACCGCAGCUUCAGAAGAAGACUCAGUCUUGUCUUCCGCCGACGCGUCAGAGACAGACGCUUCAACCACUAGGGGAAGACGAGGCACGAAGAGGCAAGCUCAGGAGGAAGUCGAGGUGGGCGAGGACGAAGAAAUGGAAGACGAAGAAGGCGAGGAUGACAAGAGGUACUGUUUCUGCGACCAACGCUCUUACGGAGAAAUGGUGGCUUGCGAGAACGAUGAUUGUCCUUAUCAGUGGUUCCAUACGGGCUGCUUGAACAUGAAGAAGGUGCCGGACGAGGAUGAAGAAUGGUAUUGUCCAACAUGCCGAGAGAAACCGGAGAUCAUUGAGAAGGUCAAACUCACGAAGAAAGUUGGACGGAAGUAGGAGUUUCAGUUUCACACUGCGACUUGCAACAACUCAAUGACAGUAUUCAUUGAACAGCAUAACUUAGACCAG